CACUAAACUCACUCGGCUGUUACCGAAAUGGCUGAAAACGGCGAAGAGAAGUUACUCGCUGUGGCGCGGCACAUAGCAAAGACGCUAGGCCACAACAACAACAACAUGGCCGAUGAUAUCCUCCAAAUAUUCUCCAACUUCGAUGGUAGAUUCUCAAAGGAGAAGCUAUCGGAAGAGGGUGCAGGCAAUGAUCCCCUGGGCUGCGUCGCACUCGAACAAACACUUAACUCUCUCGACCGUCGGAUUUCACUCCACGUGUCCUCCGAUCAACCCAUAUGGUCGAACUCCGCCGAAUCUGCCUCCUUCCUCGACGCCGUUGACGAGCUCGUCGCUACCGUCAAUGACUGGAGCCCCCUCGCCGAUGAUAAGACCGUUGGCGCGUGUCUCCUACGCGCUGAAGAGAUGCUCCAGCAGGCCAUGUUCCGCGCCGAGGACGAGUUCCGCUCUCUCAUGGAACUCGGCAGCGAGUCAUUCGACCUGACUCGGAACAACGGCGAGUCAAAUCGGAAAGAAGACUCGUUGUUUGACUCCGACGACGACAACGAAGGCGAAGAAGAUAAUGACGGCGAUGAGGAUUUGAUUCCGGUAGCUCUCCCGGUGGCCGAUUUCGACGUGGUGAUUGAUGCGCUGCCGCCGGGGACGGUGAACGAUCUCCGCGAGAUCGCGAAGCGAAUGGUUGCGGCUGGGUUCGGGAAGGAGUGUACGCGCGUGUACGGCGGUUGCCGGAGGGAGUUCUUGGAGGAGAGCUUGUCGAGGUUAGGGUUGCAGAAGCUGAGCAUUUCGGAGGUUCACAAGAUGCAAUGGCAGGAUCUCGAAGACGAGAUCGAGCGAUGGAACAAGGGCUCCAACGUCGCUCUCAGGAUCCUCUUCCCCAGCGAGCGGCGUCUCUGCGAUCGCGUCUUCUCCGGUUUCUCUUCCUCCGCCGCUGCCGAACUCUCCUUCAUGGAGGUCUGCCGCGGAUCGGCAAUUCAGCUUCUGAACUUCGCUGACGCGGUCGCUAUCGGAAGCCGCUCGCCGGAGCGGUUGUUCAGAGUCCUCGACGUGUUCGAGACAAUGCGUGACCUAAUUCCUGAAUUUGAAUCCCUGUUCUCCGAUCAGUACUGCGCGUUCCUCGUCAACGAAGCUAUCACAAUUUGGAAGAGGUUAGGUGAAGCAAUCAGAGGAAUUUUCAUGGAAUUGGAGAAUCUGAUUGGCCGAGAUCCGGCAAAGGCGGCGGUUCCCGGCGGCGGGCUUCAUCCGAUCACCCGUUACGUGAUGAACUACCUCCGCGCCGCAUGUCGCUCCCGCCAAACCCUAGAACUAGUUUUCCAGUUGCAACCAAAUUCUUCGUUAUCUGUCCAAAUUGCUUGGAUUAUGGAGUUGUUAGAACGAAAUUUGGAAGCAAAAUCGAAAAUAUAUAAGGACCCUGCGUUGUGCUCUGUUUUCAUGAUGAAUAAUGGGAGGUACAUUGUUCAGAAGGCCAAAGAUAGCGAAUUGGGAACCCUUUUGGGUGACGAUUGGAUCCGAAAACACACUGCAAAAGUCCGGCAAUGCCAUGUGAGCUAUCAAAGAAGCUCAUGGAACAAGUUGCUGGGGUUUCUCAAAGUGGAGAAUAACAAUGGCUCAAUGGCUGCAAAGCCUAUGAAAGAGAAGCUCAAGUUGUUCAACUUGCAUUUUGAGGAGAUAUGUAGGGUUCAGUCUCAAUGGUUUGUCUUUGAUGAGCAGCUCAAGGAAGAAAUAAGGAUCUCCCUAGAAAAGAUCUUAUUGCCUGCAUAUGGAAGCUUCAUUGGAAGGUUCCAGAAUGUUCCUGAUCUUGGAAAGCAUGCUGAUAAGUAUAUCAAGUUUGGUGUGGAGGACAUUGAAGCUCGGCUUAGCGAUUUGUUUAAUGGAAGCAGUGGAUCAAAUGGUGGCCGAAAGUGAUGGUAAAAA